CUGAGAUCUUCCUCAGGUUCACUGAACACCUUAGGGUCAUCUGUAAGUUCGUAUUUACUUGGCUUCCAAAAGCUGGAGCUAUAAAAUCAGUUCUCACAACCUGCCUGUGUUCUGGUGGCAGGUUCACCUUUUCAUGGUCACACUCUGGACCAAAACACUGGACUUGUGGCUACUGAAGACUUAGCCAUUUAGGCAUGGCGGCUGGAGUGGCCACUUGGCUUCCCUUUGCUCGAGCAGCAGCGGUAGGAUGGCUACCUCUUGCAAAGAAGCCUAUGCCCAAGCCCCCAAGUGACAAAGGGAAAAAAAAUGAUGAAAUACUUGUGGUGAAUGUUAGUGGCCGAAAAUUUCAGACAUGGAAAAAUACCCUGGACCGGUAUCCGGACACCUUACUGGGCAGCACAGAGAAAGAAUUCUUUUUCAACCAAGAGACACAGGAAUAUUUUUUUGACCGUGAUCCUGAAAUGUUUAGGCACAUUCUUAACUUCUACCGGACGGGCAAGUUGCAUUAUCCUCGGCAUGAAUGCAUCCAGGCCUUUGACGAAGAGCUGUCAUUCUAUGGCAUUAUCCCAGAGAUUAUAGGAGACUGUUGUCUAGAAGAAUAUCGUGAUCGCAAAAAAGAAAACCUGGAGAGGUUAGCAGAGGACACAGAAGCUGAAGCCGCUGGCGAUGCCCCUCUCCCUCCCAACAGCACUUUUCGUCAGCGAUUGUGGAGGGCUUUUGAGAAUCCUCAUACCAGCACUAUGGCCCUUGUUUUCUACUAUGUUACUGGAUUUUUCAUCGCUGUGUCAGUGAUUGCCAACGUGGUGGAGACAGUGCCUUGUCGUCCACCAGCUGGGCGCCUAAAGGACCUGCCCUGUGGGGAGAAAUACCAGUUAGCCUUUGUCUGCAUGGAUACAGCCUGUGUCCUUAUAUUCACUUUUGAGUACCUCAUGCGGCUAUUUGCAGCCCCAAGCCGUUGUAAGUUCAUGCGCAGUGUUAUGAGCAUCAUAGACGUGGUGGCCAUAAUGCCAUACUACAUUGGCCUGGUCAUGCCAAACGAGAAUGUGAGCGGUGCCUUUGUGACAUUACGUGUUUUCCGAGUCUUCCGGAUCUUCAAAUUCUCCCGGCACUCUCAGGGGCUUCGGAUUCUUGGGUACACCUUGAAGAGUUGUGCCUCUGAACUUGGCUUCCUUCUGUUUUCACUCACCAUGGCCAUUAUCAUUUUUGCCACUGUGAUGUUCUACGCCGAGAAGGGGACAAGUAAAACGAAGUUCACCAGCAUUCCUGCUGCCUUCUGGUACACCAUUGUUACUAUGACAACACUGGGGUAUGGUGACAUGGUUCCAGACACCAUAGCCGGGAAGAUAUUUGGUUCAAUCUGCUCCCUGAGUGGAGUCUUGGUCAUUGCGUUACCUGUCCCUGUCAUUGUGUCCAAUUUCAGUCGAAUUUACCAUCAAAAUCAGAGAGCGGACAAGCGAAAGCUACAGCAAAAAAUCCGUCUGGCCAGAAUUAGGCUGGCAAAGAGCAACACGACAAAUGCAUUUCUACGUUACAAAGAAAAUGGCGGUCUGGAGGACGAUAGAGAUGCACACGCUCUUUAUAUCAAGAAUCGCUCGGUAUUUCAGCUGCAGCAUCAUCACCUCCUGCACUGUCUGGAGAAGACCACGUGCCAUGAAUUUACAGAUGAGCACAGAUACAGUGAGGCUCUGAUGACUGAAUCCAUCGGAUAUCGGACCAGUCGUAGCACAUCGGUAUCUUCCCAGCAGGGACUGACCACUUCCUGCUGUCCACGGCGUUCCAAGCGCCGGGCCAUCCGCCUCGCUAACUCCACUGUGUCAGUCAGUCGUGGCAGCAUGCAAGAGCUGGAUACCCUGCAUGUCCAAAAGGGACUCAGUCAAAGCCGCUCCAGCCUCAACGCCAAAACCCAUACCAACAUGAAGCUAAAUUGUGAGACGUCUGACCUUACAGCUGCCAUCAUCAGCAUCCCCACCCCCCCUGCCAACACACCGGAUGAGCCAUCCUCACCAAGUCCUGGCAUCCUGAGGAAUUCCAGUGUUACUGCCAGAUACUACCAGGAGACUGUCAGGAUUUCCAGCUUGUAGGGUCUGGUAUUCUCCCGGAACUAGUGAUGUAUAAAACACACUGUGACACCACAUUCAUACUGACAUCUCACAGUCACAAUAUUCCAGACAAUCAACUCAUCUCCAUGUGGCAAACUGAAGGAGACACAAAUGACAUUACAGUAUACAUGAAUAGCGCAAUGUCGACAACACACACAGAUGCUGCUGCACAAUGCUGACAUUGUACAAAAAACAUGACGUCCGAUGAGACAAGCCUUGCAUAUAUUCACUACAUGCUUAUACAUCAGCCCAAA